AUGAGCAAAUUACCACAAUUUAGAACUUUGAACAACGGAGUCCAGAUUCCUGAACUUGGUUUAGGACUGUGGCAAACUCCAGAAAGCAAGAGUGCCAACAUCGUUUAUGAAGCGCUAAAGAUUGGCUAUCGUCAUUUUGAUUCUGCACAAUGGUACGCCAAUGAGAGAGGUGCAGCUAAAGGUAUCAUUCGUUGGUUGAAAGAAGACCCAAGAAAUAACAAAAGAAAAGAUAUCUUCUUUACUACUAAAAUCAAGGAUCCAAAUCAUGGGUAUGAAAACACUAAAAAAUCAAUUAAGGACUCCUUAGAACAGGUGAAGGGUAUUGGUUACAUUGAUCUUGUCUUAAUUCAUUCUCCACAAAGUAAUAAGGCCUUAAGGCUUGGUACCUGGAAGGCUUUACAAGAGGCUGUCAAUGAAGGUGUAGUCAAAUCUAUUGGUGUUUCUAAUUAUGCAGUUCCACAUAUUCAAGAAAUAUUAAAAUGGGAUGAAAUGACUGUAAAACCAGUUAUCAACCAAGUCGAAAUCAACCCAUGGUUAACAAGAAAGGAAAUUGUCAAUUUCUGUCGCAAGAAUGGUAUUGAAGUCGAAGCGUACUCUCCAUUAACCAGAGGUAAAAAAUUAAACGAUCCAACUAUAAAGAAGAUUGCCAAAAAAUAUGGUAAAGAACCAGCACAAAUAUUGAUUAAAUGGUCUAUUCAAAAAGGUUUCAUCGUGUUACCAAAGACAACCCACGAAGAGAGACUCCUAUCUAAUAUUGACGUAUUCGAUUUCACCAUUUCUGAGGAAGAUAUUGCUCUAAUGACACAUGAUGAUGAGUAUCAAGUAUUUUGUUCUUGGGAUCCAACAACGUACAGAGGGUAA